AAAAAAGUCGCUAUAGGCUGUCCCGACGGUUGUCAGCAACGACAGCACCAACGUAGCUGGCUGGCAAAGGCAUUGGACACCAUGACUAACUUAUAGCAGUGACUAUAUUACUGGAGGAAUACUCAACAUCUUGAUCAAGCUGUGACAAGUAAUCCUUCAGAGAUGAUAGUCAUUUGUGCAUAAUCUGAAAGGAGUUUCUUUCUUUCACCAAUAGUGGUAUGAGGGGAAGCCUCACACAACUGUUAUCAAUUCAGACUCUAAAGCGAAGAUCCUGCCUAGAAGGUCAAAAUCUAGAGGCGUGGACAGGUCACAACACUUCCAAAGAGAUUUCAAGCUUCAUGCUGAGGUUUAGCUUACUCAGUUUGGGUGCUUACCUUCUAAACAACACAUUUCGAAAGUCUUCACCCACUGGUUCC